AUGGAGAAGAUCCUCACUGGCUUCGACAUGGAUAAUCUCGAACCGGUUGCUACACCAAUAGGCGAUAAAGAUUUUCUCUCUCCCUAUUAUAAAGUACUUGACGAUGCCGAACCAGUGAAAGACCAAGAGCUCUAUCCUGCAAUCCGGGCCCUCAACAAUGCCCAACUCGAGCAGCUCACGGCGCUGCGGGUCCGCGAUAUCCAACGGAUCUGUGCUCGGAGUUAUGUGACGUGA